AUGGAGUUAGAAGACGUGGAAAUGUAUGGACAUAACAACUACUCGUUUGCUGAAAAUAGAACAUUGAAUGGAACCUACGAAAACUGUCCUAAUAUUAAUUUACCUAUUGUAUAUAUCGUGACACAAAUAUUGUACGCUCUAGUAUGUGUCGUAGGACUACUGGGCAAUACGUUGGUUAUUUACGUCGUACUCCGUUACUCAAAGAUGCAAACAGUUACCAAUAUGUACAUCGUCAAUUUAGCCAUCGCAGAUGAGUGUUUUCUAAUAGGCAUACCAUUUCUUAUAAUAACAAUGUCAGUGCGCUCCUGGCCGUUUGGAAGUUUUAUGUGUAAAGCGUAUAUGAUUUCGACUGGUAUAAAUCAGUUCACGAGUAGCAUAUUUCUGUGUAUUAUGAGCGCUGAUAGAUAUAUAGCAGUGUGUCAUCCGAUAGCAGCACCAAGGCUACGCACACCGUUUGUAUCAAGAGUUGUAUCUGCCGCUGCAUGGACCGCAUCAGCUUUAGUAAUGACACCUAUAUUCAUGUAUACGACACUAAUUCAUACUGAAAAUGGACUAUCUUGUAAUAUCGUGUGGCCGGAACAAGAAUUUGCUAAAGGCCAAGCUUCAUUCACUCUUUAUUCCUUCGCUCUGGGUUUCGCCGCCCCGCUUACCCUUAUCUUCGUCUUUUACUGUCUGGUCAUCCGUAAGCUUAAGAAUGUGGGUCCUAAAAAUAAAUCGAAAGAAAAGAAACGUUCACAUAGGAAGGUUACCAAAUUGGUAUUAACUGUAAUAGCUGUAUACGUGUUAUGCUGGCUGCCAUAUUGGGCGUUUCAAGUCGCUCUCAUCUACUCUCCUCCUACUGAGUGUGCCAGUAGGAUAACCAUCACAGUAUUUUUAGUUGCGGCCUGCUUCAGUUACAGCAAUUCGGCUAUGAAUCCAAUUCUGUAUGCCUUUUUGUCAGAUAAUUUCAAGAAGAGCUUUUUAAAGGCGUGCACUUGCGCAGCUGGAAAAGAUGUGAACGCUACUCUUCACGUAGAGAACAGCGUAAUACCGAGAAAGAAAGGUGGUGCAACAGCUCGUGCGCAGGCCAGAGCCGCAGCUGAAACAAGAGGAUUGACGGUACCUGAUGGUGCAGCUGGUGGUUCCAGAUCUGAAGCGUCUACAGCCGUGACUUCUCGUUCUGCAGUUGUUAGUGAAGCGAUGCCGAUGGAUGUCAGACCUGCAUCUUUAAGACCAUUGAUAGCUCCCAACGGUAUAUCGCAUUCACGUCUCUGA